AUGCAGUUGAAAUUGACUUUCUCGGCACUCCUGGCAGUGCUUUUGGUUUCCGUUGAGGCCGCGCCAGUUGCUAAACGGAAUACUCAUGGCAUAAUCACUCUACCUCUUCACCGAGUGCAGAGAGACGAUAACGUCCACCCGAUUGUGAAAUUGCAACAACACAUCAAUCGGAGUAAUCGACGUCUAGCCCGGAUGACGGGCAGAGCGGAGCCAGAUCAGCAUGAGAUGGUGGCAUCUAUCCAGAAGCGUCUUGUUUCUAUAGAUGACACCGACGUGCUUGAGAAGCGUUAUAACCGCCAUGGUACCAAGAGCCAAGGUGUCAAAGGUCUGAAACUGGUCGGUCCUUCAGUAGGGAAGGCCGCAGGUACGGUUAAAGCUGCGACGGGUCAAACGUUGCCUGGCGCUGGGGCUAAGCAGUCUGCUGCAGCCCCCGGUGGUGCUGGUUCCGCUACAGCUGCCCAGCAGGCAGGUCAAACUGCGGGGAAGAAGUCCAAAGCAAACAAAGCCGCUACUGCUAUCCCUGGUGGAGCUACGGCGAAUCCUGGUGUCAGUCAAGUUCAGCUAGAUGCCGUCGCACAGAACAAGGUUACGGCCGCAGGUGCCCCUUCAGUUGGCAACUCUAUCGGACUAGACAUCGAGAGCAGCGACGUUGGGUAUCUAGCCAGUGUACAAAUGGGCACUCCCCCUCGCAACUUCGAACUGUUGAUGGACUCGGGAUCGGCUGAUCUGUGGGUAGGAGCGGAGAACUGCCAAUCUCAAGCAGGUGGUAAUUGCGGAAACCACAACUUUCUCGGACCGGCAUCGUCUAACACGUUCAAGGACACCCAAAAACCUUUCCAAGUCACUUACGGCACUGGUGAAGUCCAGGGUAGCAUCGUAACGGAUGACAUCAGUGUGGCCGGUCUUCCCCUCCAAGCACAUACGUUUGGCGUUGCCACAACGGAAAGCGUGGAUUUCUCGGACAACUCGACGCCCUUUGACGGCAUUAUGGGGCUGGCCCAGUCGACUCUUUCUCAACAGAAUACUGCCACACCAAUAGAGGCUCUUGUCAAGACUGGUGCCCUUAAACAAACCGUUGUAUCGUACAAGAUUUCCCGACUUGCGGAUUUGAAGAAUGACGGUGAAAUCACGUUCGGCGGGCUUGAUGCUACCAAAUUCGAUCCUUUGACUCUCACUGAAGUCCCGAAUGUUAGUCAGCAAGGCUUCUGGGAGGCAUCGAUGCCCGCAGUUUCGGUAGAUGGAACAGAUCUCGGAUUGAAGGGACGAACAGCCAUCCUAGAUACGGGCACGACUCUCAUCAUCGCACCAGCCGCUGAUGCACUUGCCAUUCAUCAACAAAUCGCGGGCGCUCAAUCCGACGGACAAGGGGGAUUCGUCAUUCCUUGCACGACUACCGCAAGUGUUGCUUUAACCUUCGGACAAACCUCAUUUGCCAUUGACCCGAGAGACCUUGCCUUCGCCCCCUUGGAUCCCAACGACCCAACCGGUGAUUGUGUAUCUGGUAUCUCUUCUGGAAACAUCGGAGGAGCAAAUGAGUGGCUCGUGGGCGACGUCUUCCUGAAGAACGCGUACUUUUCGACAAACGUGGACAGGAAUACGCUGUCUUUGGCGAAACUGGUAUGA